AUGCGAAAUUCUUCUCACUUUGAUAAUGUAGUUUACAAGUUACCAAGUAUUUUGUUAGAAUCGUCUUCAGCGACCAAUAAGGAAAUGAGAAAUUCACAAUGUGAAUUCGAAUUUCCCCCCAGUCCUUACUCAUCAGACUUCAAGAAAUGUGGACUCGACAAAAAGGGAUACGUUUGUGAUCCUGAUAAAAUUCUUGACUAUUCUGCUAGACAAUCAAUAAAUGAAUUGUUAUUACAUUAUCCUCGAGAAACUCCAUGUUUAUGUCGUCAUCCGUGUUUUAGAAAUGAAGUUAAUCAAAACGCUAGACUUGUUGUAACAGCCCUAGUUUCGAAACCAUUUUCAAAUAAAAAUGCUUCAGUCGUACAAUAUGCAAACAAUAUUCGAAAUAAAUGGAAAAUUGGAGCAUGCAAUGGUAAUGAUGUUUUAAUUUUAAUCACAGAAAAAGCUCUUCAUAUUUCAUAUGGUUCAUUAGUAGCACGAGCUUUAAACUCAGAAUGUACACGUCGUUUAAUUGGUCGUUUUGAUGCUAAUAAAGAAAUCAUUACAAAUAUUCGUCAAACAGCAUUUAUUCUACGUGAAUAUUUUCUUGAUCCAUGUUUAUGUCGACCGUGUAAAACUGCUUAUUCAUGGUUUAAAAUACCAGCUAUGCUUUUAGCAUGUUUUUGUCUAUUAACAUGGUUAAGUUUAGUUGGUCGUAGAGCAUAUUUACGUCGUAAUAAUUUGAAUACACGUCCAUAUUGUUCAUUAUCUGAUCUUACUUAUACAACAACAAAUAGACAUCAUUAUCAUCAUACACGUUCAUCACGUUCUGGACGUAUUCGAACUGGUGGAUUUUCUUCACCAUUUAAUAUAUGGGAAACAAGACCAUAUCGUUCAAAUAGUAUACAUGGUAUAGAAAGUACGAAUAAUAUGUCAAAUUCAAAUUGGUGUAAUCUUUCUUCAUAUUUUGGACGACCUAAUGUUCUCUGUUCUGAUGGAUUUCGUACUACACCUCCACCACCCGCUUAUUCCAGUUUAAAGCAUAUCAUUCAACCACCACCAGCUUAUUCAGAAAUUCAAUCUACUAAUGAUCUACUAGCUAAACAAUGUGUUAAUACAUCAACGUCAAUAACCACUCCUUUAAAUAUAGGAAAUUCAACAGAAAUCGAACAAUCACGACUUGAAUCAGUGCAUAUAACAUCAUCACCUAAUAUUACUACUACUACUACCACCACCAACACAAAUUCCCCGCCUUCUUAUUCUGAAGUUGUUUUAUCACGUUCCAAUAAUUCAAAUAACUAUCAGAUCAGUGAUAGCAAUUCAUCUUCAAAUACUAAUGGAACAGACACAACAUACACAUCGAAUCUUGAUACAUCGAGUACAAUCACAAAUUAA